AUGUUCUUGACGCGGAGACUGCAGCCGAGGCUUAUGGUGCUGAUGCUCCCUAGUAUGGGGCAAUUGAAAAUAGUUCGGAUGCCUAUUCAGCGUUUGAACUGGCGUUGGAUUCUGUGGCGAAGAUUUUUACGGUGGCCAGCAGCCCCAAUUACAUCCUUCCUAGGUAGAACAAGUCCCUGCGUGUACUUUCAAGAAAGCUUGGCUCUCCCACCAAGCAUAGGACAGAUGUCAAUGCUGUUGGUAAUGAGUGUGAUUUGGCUAUUCUGGUGGUUGAGAAUGAACUUUCUGGAGCUUUGUGACGUACCUUUUCUUAAAGAAGCUGUGGCUGUCGUUGGUUAUCCCCAGGGUAAUGUUGCAUGUGAUACGCUCUACACAUAUUAUCUCCUUUCAUAG